AGCAAACCGAAGCUCUUUUCAUGCAGCAUACAUUGUACUGGGGGCAACAAACGCGUGUGCUUUGUUGGGUUUGGGUAGAACAAUUGACAUAUUCCUCUAUGUCGUAUGCCUGCACCUGUGAGGAACUCUAAGGAUGGGGAGUUUGUGCCAAGGCGCAUUCUAUUGACCGGCGGAGCUGGCUUCAUCGGGUCCAACGUCCUCAUCCACUUAGUGCAUAAAUAUCCAGAGGUGCGAUUUGUUUGCCUUGAUAACCUCUCGGAAGGUUCCAACCUGGCAAAUCUGCGUUCUGUCACGGGCGCUCGGAACUUCGCGUUCUUGGAGGGUGAUGUCCUGUGCCCAAAGACUGUCCGGGAGACUAUUAUCUCGCACGAGCUGGACACCGUGAUGCAUUUUGCUGCCCAAACUCACGUAGAUCGCUCCUUCGUGAUGCCCGUGAAGUUUAGUGAGGUUAAUGUGCUCGGCACAGCGGUGCUGCUACAGGCCUGUUUGGAGCUUGGUGUGCGUCGAUUUCUCUAUGUAAGCACUGAUGAAGUCUACGGAGAAAACGUCGGCAGCCAUCGCUUCAGUGAAACAGAUCCCUUCAGACCGGGGAACCCCUACAGCGCCUCCAAGGCGGCGGCAGAGUGCUUGGUGCGUGGCUAUAUGGAGUCAUUUGGUCGAGAUCUUCCCAUCGUGGUGGUGCGUCCAAACAACAUCUACGGUCCUCGACAAUACCCAGAAAAGCUGAUUCCCAAGUUCAUCUAUCGCCUCCAGCGGAAGCAAGAGCUGCCAUUGCACGGAGGUGGCAGAGCCAGAAGGUCUUUUUUGUUCGUCGAAGAUGCAGCAGAGGCCUUUGACCUGGUCCUUCGGAAAGGAAGACCCGGAGAGGCCUACAACAUUGGAGCUGGAGCUGGUAGCACCAAGUCUGUGCUGGAGGUGGCAAGGGCAUUAAUGGAGCAUUUCGGCAUCGAUGCCAAACAGGCAGACCAGCACAUGCAGGUGGUAGCUGACAGAGUGAAGAAUGAUGCAUCAUACGAUGUACAUGAUGCCAAGAUCCGAAACUUGGGCUGGAAGCCCCUGGUCACCUUCGAGGAUGGUUUGCGCCGCACAGUGGAGUGGUAUCGUCAAAAUCCUGGUCACUGGACGUCCGUAGACGAUGCAUUGCUGCCGGACAAUAGUGGUAGGCUGCAGAAAGCUGCACUUUGAGCAGUGGGCGUGGAA